AUGCCACGAGUUGGUCCCGCAUGCCUGACCUGCCGGCAAAAAUGCCGCAAGUGCGAUCGUGCUCGUCCUGAUUGUCAACGAUGUCGCUCGAAAGGUUUAGUAUGUGGAGGAUAUCCGGAACAAUUCAGAUUCUGUGGAAUCGCCAGUCGGGGUAAAUGGAAGGGUGCUCGUAUCCCGGUUAGCAGUAGAAGCUCUACCAGGACACGAACAGGAAUAAGCGAUGCAGCCCCAGAGACCCACACAUCACCGACGCAAGAAGUUACUGUGACUGCCUGCUUCCCUUCAAAAGGCGAUCAAGCCCCUGCAGCCAUCACACUUGGUAGCUCGAAGUCCCCAGCUCAGGAAGCACCUGUCCCGGGAAGCUUUCACGAAAAACAUAGCCGGCCACUGCCAGAGCUUCCAGACGAUAUUACCACACUUCUCAACUCCCCCGACACGGCGAAAUUGUUAGGUCAUUACGAUGAGAUUAUUUGCCCUCAUCAGAUAGCUGAGGUGGGAGAUGAUCCAGAAAACCCGUAUCGAGCGUACAUUCUCCCGCUGGCGCGAAAGAAGAUUGGCUUGUUGUAUGCCGUCCUUGGACUUGCUGCUUCUCACCUCGGGCGAAUGAUUGGCGACGAGUUCUUACAUGAAGCUACUGCAGUUGAGUACCGAAUGAAAGCCAUACGUGCACUCAGUGAGGAAAUUCGAAAGAGCCAAAGAACCUCUUUGCUUGAAGACGAGCAGGAUACGGUUUUGGCAAUAAUCCAGGUUUUAUUACUUCAUGAUAUCAGUGAAUCAGGGGUAUCGAGCCAUGGCAUUCAUAUCACAGGCGCCAUGUCCGUCUGUAAACAGCUGCUCAUCGCCGAGGGACUGCACCGCCGACGCCAGCGGGCUAUGUUUUUUCUCGGCAACCUGGCUUGGCUUGACAUAAUUCGAGCGUUUGCUGGCUCCGAGAGAAUGUGUUUUUCUCAAGAUAUUCGCGAGUUGGUUGCUUUCGCAAGUGAUAAGAAGUUCGAGUUGGUAAAUGGUUGUCCUAGAGAAGUCUUCUUAGUCAUUGGUGGGGCGCUGGAGAAAGCAAAGGAAUACACACUGGGUUGGCUAACUUGGGAUGAGUAUCAGAUUGCCCUGCUCCUGGCGAGGCAUAAGCUCUACUCGUGGAACCCGCAAGGGAGGGACUAUCCUAGCCCCGAUCCUCUCUGGCUGGCCAUCGCGGAGGCCCAUCAGUUCGCAAGUAUACUGCGUAUUCUCUGGUUGUUAGACCCGUCGAAGCCAGCCAGCAGUCCGGAUAUACAGGAAUGUGUCAAAAGAAUACUUGAUGCAACGGCCUUGAUUUCUCCAGACUGCUCAUUGUUGGAGCUUCUCGUCUUACCUGUCUUCAUGGCAGGGGCUGAUUGCCUCUCGCGCCAUUCACAGUACUAUGUUCUGACGAGGCUGCACGAAAUCGAGCGGAGAUCGGAAUUUCGCAACCCUGUUCCAGCUGACUUACUGAGAAAGGUGUGGGACGCGCGUGCGGCACAGGCACCAGAUGAUUCUGCAAACAUUUCAUGGACGACUUUCACACACUGUCCCGGAUUGGCGCGACAACAUGAUUAUCUGAUCAUUUGA